AUGCACGCCCUCGUCGGCAUUCUCGCUGCGAUAUUGCAGCGACAGACAACGGGCAAGGGCCAGCAGGUCGAGGUCUCCAUGCAGGACGCGAUGGUAAACUUCGGGCGCACCACUAUGACCCGCUCCGAACAGGGCACCGUGCCGCAGAAGCGUACCGGCAACAGCUUCGGCAACAGGCCGGGAGUGGGUACAUUCCGCUGUGCCCCCGGCGGCUAUGACGACUAUGUCUAUAUGAUUGCCUUCCCCGCGCGCGGCCAAUGUGGAGCGCGCUAG